AUGGGUGUCUUCCCCAGACUUUGUUUUGGUAAAGUUGGUUGGACGGCAAUCACCGGGGCCGGAGUAAUUCAGAGUACAAUCUGCCGGUUGGUACUGUGGAGAAGCCUUGAUUUCUGUGCUGUACUUUGUCUCGGGCGUUUUUUCACAUUCACAUUGGAAAAAAACUUGCAAAAAUUCAACACCUUAUGUAAGUGCCCUCCGAUGACCACACAAGUUGAUAAAAAGCCUCAUCAUGAUCGCACUCGAAUCGCACAUCUCAAUGUGGGGUUGCAUCUACAUAAAAUUCGACUCACUCAAAGAGAUGCCAAAUUGAUAAACGAACUUGGUUUACGCUUGAAGUACGCGCUCAAUACGCACAUUCACGCUGAUCACAUAACUGGUACGGCUGCGUUAAGAAAUCCGCAUCUUCUAGUCUCCGGCUUCGAAUCGGUGAUUGCUAAAGAUGGUGGUGCGAAAGCUGAUCUGCAUGUUACCCAUGGAGGCAUCAUUAAGUUUGGAAAAGAACAAUUGGAAGUACGAGCCACUCCAGGACACACGAAUAGCUGUUUAACUUAUGUCAAUCAUCGCAAUCGAAUGGCCUUCACCGGUGAUGCGUUGUUGAUCCGAGCUUGUGGAAGGACCGAUUUUCAACAAGGUGAUUCGAGAAAGCUUUACAAAUCGGUGACCACGCAAAUCUUUUCGCUACCCGAUGAUUAUUCGCUCUUUGUCGGACACAACUACGAUGGAAUUGGGGAAACCACUGUGGCGGAAGAAAAACAAUGGAACCCUCGGCUUUCAAAGAGUGAAGAGGAGUUUGUGGAAAUCAUGAAAAAUCUUAAUUUGGCACCACCAAAACAAAUCGUG